AAAGGAUGUGGUACUGAGCGUUUGAGCUGCCUGGGAGUCAUACAGCACAUUUUUCAAGACUGAAAACUGAUGUUUCUCUUCUCCUCUGGAGAGCCGCUGGAGAGCGGGGAUGUGAGAGGGGAUGCGGGAGGUGAGUCCAGUGUCCUCGUAGCUGUCAGGGUGAGACCUCUUAACAGCACGGAGCGCAGUCAAGGGGACCAGGGAGUGCUGUACUGCCCUGGCCAGGGGACCAUACUGGUGAACAAUGGCGUGCAGGACCGGGCCUUCACCUUUGACGCGGUUUUCGAAGCCGGGAGUUCGCAGCACGAGAUCUUCGAGCAGUGCGGGGUGAAGAGGCUCAUCGACCUCGCCGCUGAUGGGUUCUCCUGCACAGUCUUUGGUUUCGGACAGACAGGAUCUGGAAAGACUUACACAAUAACGGGUCCACACUCCCUGUUCUCGGACGGUCUGAGGGAGCGCAGUUUCUACGGCCUGAUGCAGAGAUCGUUCGCCUAUCUCCUGGACCGGGUGCAGGCUAAGGAGGGUGACUUCGUGCUCAGCGCCUCUUACCUGGAGAUCUACAAUGAGCAGGUACGUGACCUCUUGAACCCUGGCCUGACCGACUCGCUGACCGUCCGCUGGACCAAAAACACCGGCUUCUACGUGGAGAACCUGUCCAACGUGGAGUUCGAGAGCCUGGACGGCGUCAUGGCACUGCUGGAGGGAGGUAUAGGGAGCAGACAGACCUCCUCUCACUCCCAGAAUCAGCAGUCAAGCCGCAGCCACUCCAUCUUCACCGUGUACAUCGAGAGCGAGGCGGCUCACCCUGAUGGAAGAGGGGGGUAUCUGGCCAGACACGGCAAGCUGUGCAUGGUGGACCUGGCCGGGAGUGAGCGGGUGAAGGAGACGGGCUCCUCUGGGGAGCUGAUGGAGGAGGCGGGCAACAUCAACCGCAGCCUCCUCACCUUGGGGAACUGCAUCUCGGCCCUCGUGGACCCCCGCAAAAGGGAGGGGCACAUCCCGUACCGGGACAGCAAGCUCACCAAGCUGCUAGCUGAUUCGCUGGGAGGGUCCGGGGUCACGCUCAUGAUUGCCUGCAUCUCCCCGGCAACCAUGAACCUGCAGGAGACCAUGAACACGCUACGGUACGCCAGCAGGGCCAAAAGGAUCAAGAACAGACCCGUGGCUAAACGGGACUCGAAAGAGAGGCGGGUGAUCAGCCUGGAGAGAGAAAUCAAGUUCCUGCGGAUGGAGAACCUGUUUCUACGGCAACGGCUUCAACUUCCUGUGGUCAGCAGGAAGCACUGGCCGGAAAACGGAGAAAGUGGCAGCACCUGCAGCAGCGAGCACGGGGGAGUGGAGCCGGCCGAGCCCCUGAAGAAAGUCCCUCCCUUCCCCAAGCACAGCCUGUACGACCUGCUGCAGGAGUUCAUGAGGGAGAACGACGCCCUGAGGCAGGAGAGGAGCGCUCUGCUCAGCAGUCUGGAGAGCUCCAGACAGACAAGGAAGAUGCUGUCGCAGGAGAACGGGAGGCUGAUGCGCAAACUGGAGGACCUCGAGAGGGUGAUCUCUUCCUCCCCACUGACCAGCAGCACCCAAUCAGGCCACUCCACUGAGAGCAUGAGCAGCUGCAGCAGUGGCCAGUGCCCCCACUUCUCCUCCCCUCUGCACAGACAUAAGCAGGUUGCAGUCUAUCCCUGUCACCCUGGCCAUCACUGCCAUGGCUGUGCCUCUGACAGCUCUUUACAGGCCUUAUACCCCGCGGAAUGGUACGCCAGGCCCCGCCCCUUUGUGUCUGUGGAAGACCCCGCCCCUCUGAUUCCCCUCCCACAUGAUCAACUAGACCCGCCCAGGGGAGGGGCUAGCCUGACCGACCAGCACAGACAGUCUUCUGGUCUCUUGCUCCAGGUCGAACUGCCACCAAUUGAAUUCUUCAUCCACGAAAACAAAGCAAAGCACCCUCCUGAUCCCCAGGGCAGCUUGCAGCAGCCCCAGCCUGCAUUGAAUCAACAGAAGAGUGUGGACCCCAUCCUGCCCCGGAGGAAAAAGAGCCAGGCAACGAGUGGCAGCUACGCAAACCGCUUUCAGCUCAUGAAGGAGACUCGCACCCAGCCAGGCAGCACCCCUCCCCAGAGAUCACAGGACAGGGUGCUGCCCUCAGCCCCUCCGCUCCCCAGCCCCCCUCACCUGGAGACGGCAGUGCUACAGCCCAGGCGCGGCAGGGUGAAAGCGGAGCCUUCCCUACCCAGACAGGAGGAGCUCAGAGCACAGGUCAAGAAGGAACACCCUCGUCACAUGACCAGAGAGCACGAGCGCCAUGGCAACGCAGAGAGACGGCAGCCUGACAGGACCAAACACCCGUCCUGAGAGCAGGCCUGUACCGGGCCUCCCGACUGUCUCUGUUUUCCCUUUUUUUUUUUUGUAGGGACUCCCAAUUGAUUUUACGCCUUGUAAAUUGGAAUUCUCAAAAUAAAGACACAGUUAUCCACACUACAGCAAAGUGAUCAUUUU